CAAAGUAUAUUUAACACAUAUACAGAGUUGUAUCAAGAAUGUUGUGUUAGUUUCCUUGUACUCAUUACUCAUUCUCUCAUACGUAUAUAAGCACCUUGACAAACUACAGAUGACGUGAUGCGAAAGUGGGUGUGCCCAUUAUUGUCUAGCCGGCGAUCAAACGAGUCAUUCUUUAAAUAGGAAAAAAUGUCACAGCAACAGUACUAUCCUUACAAAUGUACUCCUACAGUGUAUCCUGCAGAGCCUUUCGAUGCUAAUGCAGAUGCUGCAUUGUUACGUAAAGCAAUGAAAGGUUUUGGUACAGAUGAGAAAACACUUAUUGAUGUACUUACAAAAAGAGGAAUUGUGCAACGAUUGGAAAUUGCUGAAGCAUACAAAACAUUAUAUGGAAAAGAUUUGGUUAGUGACCUAAAAAGUGAACUUACAGGAAAACUAGAAGAUGUUAUAAUUGCUCUUAUGACACCACUGCCUCAUUAUUAUGCCAAAGAAUUACAUGAUGCAAUAAGUGGAUUAGGAACUGACGAGGAAGCAAUUGUAGAAAUUUUGUGCACCUUAAGCAAUUAUGGUAUACGUACAAUUGCAGCAUUUUAUGAAAACUUGUAUGGAAAAACUCUUGAAAGUGACUUAAAAGGAGACACAUCAGGACACUUUAAAAGAUUGUUAGUUUCUCUUGUCCAAGCAAAUAGGGAUGAAAAUCAAGGAGUAGACCAAGCUCAAGCUGUAGCAGAUGCCCAGGCACUUUAUGAGGCUGGUGAAAAGCAAUGGGGUACAGAUGAAUCUCAAUUUAACGCCAUUUUAGUAACACGCAGUUAUCAACAAUUAAGACAAACUUUUAUUGAAUAUGAAAAAAUAUCUGGACAUGACAUUGAAGUUGCUAUUAAAAAAGAAUUUUCAGGAAGCCUCGAAAAAGGUCUUCUUGGAAUAGUAAAAUGUGUAAAAUCAAAAGUUGGUUUCUUUGCUGAACGAUUAUAUGCUAGUAUGCAUGGAAUUGGUACAAAGGAUCGAACGCUAAUUCGCAUUAUUGUUUCCCGAAGUGAAAUCGAUUUAGGUGACAUCAAAAAGGCAUUUGAAGAACGAUAUGGAAAAUCACUAGAAAGUUGGGUCGCUGGAGAUACAUCUGGAGAUUAUAAAAAAGCUUUGUUGUCUUUGGUUUCUACUUAACUGAACCAUAUUUCACUGCACGUUG